AUGUUGAACAUUUUACGAACAGCUGAUUUUUUUGGAGCUCCUUUUGUUUAAUAAAUAGAUCCAAAGUAAUCGAUUUAUAAAAGUGCUUUCGGAGGAUUAGUUACUUUACUAAUAUGUUCUGCAAGUUUGGGAUACGCUAUUUGGGUGCUUUAUUAAUGGUAAAAUAAUUAAUUAAGCCCCAAAAUUUCUAAUUCUAUGUAUGUAUCUGACUUUUCUUUAUUGGAUUUAAAUUAUGAUGCUAUUAAACUUUAUUAUUGGAAAAUAGAAGAAAAUUACAUAGAUCCUUUUGAAUCUAAAAUAUUGCUCCCAUUAGUUAUGUAUACAACUAAUUUUAGCUUCACCGAUCUUUAAGUAAUCGAUAAAUCGAAUGAAAUUGGUGAUGAUGGAAUUUAAUAUUAUUUACCAAAAUUAAGCUUAACUUUUUAGAAUAUUAGUGGUGUAAUAUAUACAACAUCAGAGAUUUAUAUUUAAAUAAUUAGAUGUUAAGAAAUUUAUCUAAAAGAAAAUGAAAAAUGUGCCUCUGAUGAAUUAAUAGAGUAAUUCUUUUAAUAGCCUGUUAAUACGAUUAUUUUAUAAUUACAUUAUAAAUAAUUGAAUUCUCGCGAUGGAUCAGAACAAACUAGUUUUUAAGAGUUUUAUAUGUAAGUAGAAUAAUAAAAUUGUUAUACAUUAAACACAUUUCUAUAGAGUAAUUUUUAUGAAAUUCAAGAUUCAUUUUUGUUUGGAUACUCUAGAUAUCUUGAAUAUAUAAAUGGAGCAAUAAUAUAGCCGUAAACAAACUCAAAAGAAUUUUGUAAAUAAGGUUAUGGAAAUGAUGUAUUAGGCUUAAUUUUCAUAAUCAUGAAAGGAAAUUAAAUCAAAACUGUUUUUGAAUAUCCAAAUGCAGGGGAUCUUUUAGCAAAUAUUGGUUCAAUUGUAUCUGUAUUAUUUAUGAUUAAACAUGUAAUUAUUGUAUUUAACCAAUACUAUCUUAAUUAAAAGAUAUUAAAUGAACUAAUACAAUUUUAUUAUCCUGAAUAUAAAAAUAUCAAAAUUUAAAAAAAUUGGAGAUCUAAAACAGUAAAAAUACAAUUAAAUCAAUAAGAAGUANUUUCGGAGGAUUAGUUACUUUACUAAUAUGUUCUGCAAGUUUGGGAUACGCUAUUUGGGUGCUUUAUUAAUGGUAAAAUAAUUAAUUAAGCCCCAAAAUUUCUAAUUCUAUGUAUGUAUCUGACUUUUCUUUAUUGGAUUUAAAUUAUGAUGCUAUUAAACUUUAUUAUUGGAAAAUAGAAGAAAAUUACAUAGAUCCUUUUGAAUCUAAAAUAUUGCUCCCAUUAGUUAUGUAUACAACUAAUUUUAGCUUCACCGAUCUUUAAGUAAUCGAUAAAUCGAAUGAAAUUGGUGAUGAUGGAAUUUAAUAUUAUUUACCAAAAUUAAGCUUAACUUUUUAGAAUAUUAGUGGUGUAAUAUAUACAACAUCAGAGAUUUAUAUUUAAAUAAUUAGAUGUUAAGAAAUUUAUCUAAAAGAAAAUGAAAAAUGUGCCUCUGAUGAAUUAAUAGAGUAAUUCUUUUAAUAGCCUGUUAAUACGAUUAUUUUAUAAUUACAUUAUAAAUAAUUGAAUUCUCGCGAUGGAUCAGAACAAACUAGUUUUUAAGAGUUUUAUAUGUAAGUAGAAUAAUAAAAUUGUUAUACAUUAAACACAUUUCUAUAGAGUAAUUUUUAUGAAAUUCAAGAUUCAUUUUUGUUUGGAUACUCUAGAUAUCUUGAAUAUAUAAAUGGAGCAAUAAUAUAGCCGUAAACAAACUCAAAAGAAUUUUGUAAAUAAGGUUAUGGAAAUGAUGUAUUAGGCUUAAUUUUCAUAAUCAUGAAAGGAAAUUAAAUCAAAACUGUUUUUGAAUAUCCAAAUGCAGGGGAUCUUUUAGCAAAUAUUGGUUCAAUUGUAUCUGUAUUAUUUAUGAUUAAACAUGUAAUUAUUGUAUUUAACCAAUACUAUCUUAAUUAAAAGAUAUUAAAUGAACUAAUACAAUUUUAUUAUCCUGAAUAUAAAAAUAUCAAAAUUUAAAAAAAUUGGAGAUCUAAAACAGUAAAAAUACAAUUAAAUCAAUAAGAAGUAGAUGUGAAAGAAUUUUAACAGUUCUAAAAGAAGGUCUAAAAAUAAAUGUAAUCAAAAUUAAGUUACCUAAAUUUGUUAUACGAGAUAUCAAGAAUUUAUUUCAUUUUAAGGUCGUUAAAAUUUAGAGAAGAAAUAAAAAAGUCUCAUUAAAUAGGAAUUAAACUGAUUCUUCCUUAUAAUAAAGAAAAUAUCGAUUUAAAUCCAAGCACUAAUUUAAGAGAUAAAUUAUCGUCAAGACAUUAAUAUCUCAACGAUGAAGAUGCCGAUCUAUUAUCUCUAUAUAAUAAAAGUAAAGAAUAAAUUGAUAUCAUAAUUUCUGAUGAAAUUUAUUAAGAAGAUGACUUUUAUGAAUUAAAUAGAGUAACAUGA